AUGACAGAAGAGUUCCUUGUCGAGGUGAAUUUCGUUAAAAAAGGAGGCAAACUGAUAAGUUUCAAAAAUCGGCGGCUCAGUUUCGGUAACGACAGUUUAGUAAUACUCGCCGCCAAUGAUGAUCCCUUGAAGUUUCACUGCUCAAAAAUACAACACAGAAAGUUGAAGACGGGAUCGAACUCAAAAAAUCUCAGUAUUGGUCUUGUUGAAGGAAACGAUACGGAUUAUGUAUCAUUAAAACUGGAGUUCUCCCCUCCUCAUGACCAAUUCAUGGAUUGGGUGAUCAACGAAUUCAAUAAAAUGAUUACCUCGAACAAAGAUAAAAUGGUCAGCAACACUGCAAAAAGAAAACAAGCUCCAAUGCUGUGUACGACCAAUAACAUUCUGCAGCCAGUUUCUCGAAUAAAGCCACUGUUCAAUGAAGAAACGAUUAAAAAAGAACGAGACUAUAUUUUGAAAAGAUCGAUUACCCCACAACUGCCAAGGAAGGAAAAUUUGCACGAAGGCUCAAACCCGAUGGACGAACUUUUCGCAAACAGCGACCCAAUAAUUCAUACUCCCAAAAUUGAGCAACUCGAGGAAGUAAAAGACCAGCCGUUUGAUCUGUAUUACUCGCGGUGUGUCCAUUUGAAACGGACAACUAGUUUCGAAGGAAAGUUAUUCAAAACGAAAGAGACCGAAAUGAGCACGAAAUACGAGUUUUUUCAACUUUUCAUAGGUCUAAUUUCCUAUCUCAGCUUGACAGAUGAUGAUGAUGAUGUGUUCUCCAAAAACUUGCCGACAAGAAUAAGUCGUAAGAAACUAGAGGAAUUCCGAAAAAUGAUUGGAAAAAUAAACACAAUUUUGGAUAAUUCCCUCCAGCAAGACGCUCAUGAGUGCCUAGGAACUGUACUGGAAAUAAUGAAUGAUUUGUUUCAAUCCAACCGCACUUUGGUAGGACCGCCGCCUUCAAACAUCAAUGUUUCUCGGCUCAAUCCAGCAGAAGUAUUCAAAUUGACUAUAGAAUCGAUGUUGGUGUGCCAGCAGUGCAAUACGGUGGUUUUGAAAAAAGAUUUUCAGAAUGACAUGAAGCUUGACGUUAGCGACAAUUCCUCCGUACAAGAUUUGGUGAAUUCGUGGGGGAAGUGGACUUCAGUGGAAAGGAGAUGCUCUCACUGCCAAGCAAAUGUAUCUUCAACGAGUGAACGGAUUUUUGAGUUUCCGAGCUCUCUCAUCAUCACCUUGAAACGCUACAAUUAUGAGAGAAACGCUGUCAAAAAGAAGCAUUGCUCUGUUGAAGCGUCAUUCAAUAUCAAUGUUUCGUCGUUAGGAGUUUUCAGAGAUGUCGAUCAUAUCCAUUUAGAAAAGCUAGACAUUGACGAAUCUUCGAUAUUUCCCUCGAAGCCGUUUAGCCCCAGCGAGAAAGUCAUACCAGACGAUAGUCAAGAAGAACAGACCCUGAAAACAACGUUGCCAGAGUCAACCUCAGAGAAAGAUUCACAAAACGACAUUGUCAUUGAACAAGUGACCACACCGAAAGAACUCGUUUUUGAUCUUCUCACUGAAUGGAAAACAGUUAAAGGAAUUCUUAAACGGUUGGAUAUCGAUCAUGCUGAGGAGAAGUUGAGAUGUCAUCUAGAAACCCUCAAGCAUGAAAGCGGCAAACAGAUGACACGCACAGACCUCCCAGGAAAAACCGCCUUCAUUUCUGCAGAUGGAAACUGCUUCUACCGAGCCAUAUCAUGGUGUCUAACUGGUAGUCAGAGAUAUCAUAGGAAGUUGAGAAUAGCUACGUCUGAGUAUCUCAAGAAGAAUGAAGAAUCAAUGAGGAAGUUUUGCGGAGGGGAGCUCGACUACAAAAAAUACGUCGAGAAUGUUAGGAAAGAUGGAGAGUGGGCUACCUCGUGCGAAAUUUAUGCUGUGGCCAACUUGCUCGAUGUAGAAAUCGUGACUUUUCUAGGAAGUAGUGGGUGGAGAUCCCACGUCCCUCACGACGGUGGUUCCUCAAAGGAGUGUAUUUUUCUCAGCAACACCAGCUGCCACUUCGAACCAACCACUUCAUUGAAGCCAUUCAUCGCAGAAAAGGAAAAGGAUGAGAAAAGCGAGAUCUAUCAAAGCAGUCGGUCAGACUCACAAUGCAACCAAAAAAGAUGCCGAGGGGAGAGUUAUUCAAAGGACACAACUUUAGCUUACAAAAAACUGAAGAUUGAUAAUACACCGGAACCGACUGGACCUAACUACUCCUUAAUGGCUGUUGUUUGUCACUUUGGAGAGUCACCGUAUGACGGUCACUACGUGGCCUAUACCAAGAAUUCAUCAAACGGGGAACAAUGGGUUUAUUGUUCAGAUACGGAAGUGCACGAGGUCAACAAAGACGCCGUCGCUAAUGCUAUACGCUCUUCAGGGUAUAUUUUCUUCUACGAUCGGAAAAAUUGA